UCAGGUCAACCAGAUUAGGAGUAGGGGGAGAUGUAGGAAGGCCUAAGAGUUCAAGGGUUCAAGGGGGGGGGAAGCUGAAAGCUGGUUUCCCUGAAAAUUUCCCCCUUCUUUGAUUCAGGGUGGUUGGAUAUAUAUAUAUAUUAUAUAUAUAUGAUUUAUAUUUUUAAAUUGUGUUUUUGAGGAGGUGGUAGUGUUUAGAAAAGGAUGUGGGAAUGGAAGGGGUAGAUGAGUCAACCCUGUUACAAAAUUCCAAGGGUGGUGUGUUACCUGAUCCUUUUCGUGCGUGGAGUUCUGGGGGUCGGGAGGUUUGGCCUUUAUUCCCACAUUCAAAGUUGGAACCGCCCCCAAAUUAAGAAUGGAGUUUUAGUACCCACUUGUGGCAGGAAUCCUGGGGGGAAGGGGUCCUUUUUCCCUUUUCCCCCCCCCAUUUUCUUUGGCAACCCACACCCUUCCACAAACGCUCACCCAAAAAUUAAACACCAAGAUCCUCUAACUUAUUUGGAAUUGACUGAUGAAGACAUAAAGCCAGUUCCGCUCUAUGUGUUUUGAGGUGGAGUGAGUGGUUUUUCUUCAUUUUUAAAUGGCCAAAUGACAGCUUGACCCAGUUUGCUUUCCAAUCAAAGGGCAUUUUUUUGAAUGUCUCUUUGUGGCCCAAGAGCCAACGCAAAAAUGAUGGCGGCUUAUAAUGGCGGUACAUCUGCAGCAGCAGCAGGUCACCACCACCACCAUCACCACCACCUUCCACACCUUCCUCCUCCUCACCUUCACCACCACCACCACCCUCAACACCAUCUUCAUCCGGGGUCGGCUGCUGCUGUGCACCCUGUACAGCAGCAUACGUCUUCGGCAGCUGCGGCCGCUGCUGCAGCGGCCGCGGCCGCUGCCAUGUUAAACCCUGGGCAACAACAGCCAUAUUUCCCAUCACCGGCACCGGGUCAGGCUCCUGGACCAGCUGCAGCAGCCCCAGCUCAGGUACAGGCUGCCGCAGCUGCUACAGUUAAGGCGCACCAUCAUCAGCACUCGCAUCAUCCACAGCAGCAGCUGGAUAUUGAGCCGGAUAGACCUAUUGGAUAUGGAGCCUUUGGUGUUGUCUGGUCAGUAACAGAUCCAAGAGAUGGAAAGAGAGUAGCACUCAAAAAGAUGCCCAACGUCUUCCAGAAUCUGGUCUCUUGCAAAAGAGUCUUCCGGGAAUUGAAGAUGUUGUGUUUUUUUAAACAUGAUAAUGUACUCUCUGCCCUUGACAUACUCCAACCUCCACACAUUGACUAUUUUGAAGAAAUAUAUGUUGUCACAGAAUUGAUGCAGAGUGACCUACAUAAAAUUAUCGUCUCUCCUCAACCACUCAGCUCAGAUCAUGUCAAAGUUUUUCUUUAUCAGAUUUUGCGAGGUUUGAAAUAUCUCCAUUCAGCUGGCAUUUUACAUCGAGACAUUAAACCAGGGAAUCUCCUUGUGAACAGCAACUGUGUUCUAAAGAUUUGUGAUUUUGGAUUGGCCCGAGUGGAAGAAUUAGAUGAAUCCCGGCAUAUGACUCAGGAAGUUGUUACUCAGUAUUAUCGGGCUCCGGAAAUCCUGAUGGGCAGCCGUCAUUACAGCAAUGCUAUUGACAUCUGGUCUGUCGGAUGUAUCUUUGCAGAACUACUAGGACGAAGAAUAUUGUUUCAGGCACAGAGUCCCAUUCAGCAGUUGGAUUUGAUCACAGAUCUGUUGGGCACACCAUCACUGGAAGCAAUGAGGACAGCUUGUGAAGGCGCUAAGGCACACAUACUCAGGGGUCCUCAUAAACAGCCAUCUCUUCCUGUACUCUACACCCUGUCUAGCCAGGCUACACAUGAAGCUGUUCAUCUGCUUUGCAGGAUGUUGGUCUUUGAUCCAUCGAAAAGAAUAUCCGCUAAGGAUGCCUUAGCCCAUCCCUACCUAGAUGAAGGGCGACUAAGAUAUCACACCUGUAUGUGUAAAUGUUGUUUUUCCACCUCUACGGGAAGAGUUUAUACCAGUGACUUUGAGCCCGUCACCAAUCCCAAAUUUGAUGACACUUUUGAGAAGAACCUCAGUUCUGUCCGACAGGUUAAAGAAAUUAUUCACCAGUUCAUUUUGGAACAGCAGAAAGGAAACAGAGUGCCUCUCUGCAUCAACCCUCAGUCUGCUGCUUUUAAGAGCUUUAUUAGUUCCACUGUUGCUCAGCCGUCUGAGAUGCCCCCGUCUCCUCUGGUGUGGGAGUAACAGUGGAGGAAAAUGUACUACUGAAGAUGUAAUGUAGCUUUCCACUGGAGUCUGGGAUUUGCAAUUCUGGAGGUUAAUCAUGCUUGUACUGUAAUUUUACUAAUGAAGUUUUAAAUUAACAACCACUACUUGUAUGAUAUGAAUAAUAUUUAGAAAUGUUACUAGUCUUUUAAUCUUGUAAAGUGGUUGUGCUUUUAGAAGAAAAAAUAUUUUACCCAGAGUUGCACAUGUUUUAUGAAAUUAGUGCAGCUGUUAAGGCUCACCUCAGAACAAAAGAGAAUUGAACCAAAUUUGGGAGUUGGGGUUUUUGUUUUGUUUUUCUUUAAAAAUGA